AUGGUCUUCCGGGUGGCACACCGGAGCCACAUGGCAUUCAACACGCCGACGCUGCUGUCCGCCUACUCCCGACGGUAUCAGCCCCUUGUGCGGGCGCAGCGCGACUACAUCUUCGUGCACGACAUCUUUUCGCAGAUGCAGGCGUGGCGGGAUGGGCCUCCCGCCCGGACGGCGGUGUUGUUGGAUCUGCUGGUGGAUGUCUGUCUCCGGGCCUUCUGGAAAGAUGUGUUUCGUGCGCUGCAGGCCUCCAAGCCCCAGCAGCCCAUCAAGAAGCAAGCCCUGGCAGACGCCCUGGCAGGUGCGGUGCCACUGACCAUUGUGGGUUUCCGGCGAGUUUUCCAGCGCGCCCCAGUGGAAACCGAGUUCCAGUACGUGCGCGGAUCGAAUGCCAAGGUGGGCCAUGUGCAGGUGCUCUUCAGUUGGCUCUGGGGCUGGGCUGGGGAUGGCAACCACGGGGGGGAUUGGCGGCGGAAGGGCUGGGAGCAGAAGCUGUACCGACUCCUCUUCCGGCAGUGUUUUGAAGUGAUCACGCAGGUCUUUGGGCUGGGGCAGGCUCGGGCGUGGCGGGCGACGCUCCAGUAUCGGUUUGUGCGGACGCACUGGGUGUUACCGUAUCCAAACAACCAACGCUUCUGGAGUCGUGGCACCGGACUCCAUGGAACUGGGCGGCGACGGCUGCUCACUUGGGUCAGUGUCCAUCCGGACGUGGAACGGUAUCACCGGGAGGACCCAUUGCGGGAGCGGACCGUCCCAUUAGCGGCAAUCAACCAGUUGCCCAUCCGCGGGUGGCAACGUGGUGCUCAACCGAUGGACCUCAGCGUCGAGCUUCCCACGAUUCCCAGUGACCUUGAAGUGCUGGUGGCCGCUGUCACUCGUCCCAGUCCGUCCACGCGUGCCGCUGGGUCGUCCCCACCGCCCCCCUCCGCUCAGGGCUUGCCUCUGCCUGUGAUCCGGGUUACGGCGGGACCGAUGCAGCAGCAUCUGCUUUCGUAUCACCAGGAUGAGUCCCGAGUGACGCGACUGGGCCAGCAGCAGGCGCAGCAGGAGCAGUUGGCCACGGAGCAGCUGUUGGAGCAGCUGCCUCGUGUCAGUGAGGCCUUCUGGAAGCGGGUGCAGGAAGAAUACCAGUCCAUUGCGCUCUAUCGGCGUCCUCACGUGGAACCAGCACGACCUGCGGCCACCCCUUUGUCAGAUGAUGGGGGGUCGGCGGCAGCGGAUGUGGAAGAAGACUCAGACCCUGAUAAUCUUUCCAGCCGGCAGCGGACAGUGAACCGGGGCCGUCAAUGGCUGUAUGACAUUGACCAGUGGACCAAGAAGCAUGUGCAGAAGUACCAUCAGUAUGCGCGGGCGCUCCAGGAAGCGGAGCAGCGGACGUAUGAGAUUGGACCAGGGAUGACUGCGGGAGAGUUUGAGCGGCAGCGGCAGGCGGAUGUCAGGAAAGCUCGCACUCGGCAGCGAGAUAUCCUCCGGGCGAUGGGGGAGGUUGCCAAGUGUAUUGGAACAAUAUAUAGCGACGUGGAAGAAACGGCGGCCGAUGCUGGGGCAUCUGUUGGAGGAUGCACCACAUAG